GAGUACAAUUUGUAUGAUCUCGAGUGUAAUAAUAUAAAGCAGUUGUAUUUUGUAAUUAAUUUGCUCAAAUUAAAAUGAGUAUUUUUAAAAAUUAGUUUUUAUAUACAUUGUAUUAAAGACGGCUAUUAAUUGGUCAUACAAAAAUGUUGGCGUUUAUUACAAAGAAUUUAAACGACAUUAUUUAUUUAUCCUUACUUCUCAUCUGUGUAUUCGUAGGGCCUUAUUACAGAAAGUUAGAUACAAUUGAAUCGAAAAAAUGGGCUGGUUCUAUCUUGGGGAUUUUGUUAAUAAUAAUUGUAUCUGGAAACGGUGCUUCACAUCCGAUUAUGUCCGGCUUAAUGGGAAUAUCUAUAAUAAAAACAGAUACAAUAAAACGAUGCCAUGUUACAACAUUUUUCUUUAUGUUUGGCUAUCUAUUUGUAUUCCGGCUCGGAUAUCUCAUUGGUUUACCCCCUUCUUCGGGCCAAACCAACUUAAUUGAAAUGAUCAUAGUGCUAAGAGUUGUUGGAGUAGCUUUUGAAAUGAAUGGAUCUUGGUUGGCUGUCGCUGAGGCUAAGAAAAAGGAAUUGGACUCGACUAAAGCAGAAUCUAAGUUACCAACUGAAAGAGAUGAUGAUUUCCUUGAGCUAAUCAACCCGGAAUUUAUUGAUUUGUUUCACUAUACUUUCAACUAUAUUGGAUUAUUGACAGGUCCAUAUUACAGAUAUCGUACAUUUAAUGAUUACUUCCAUUUGCCAUACAGCAAGUAUGUGGACUGUUUUGGCUUUACGAUCAAUAUACUGAGGAUGGUGCCCCUCUAUAUUUCUCUUUACUUGGCAUUCUCAAACUUGUGGCCCCUUGAGUACAUCUUGACGGAGGAACAUAACAAUAGCCACUUUUUAUAUAGAAUGUUAUAUCCGUGGGCGUUAUUUGCUGCAUUUCGACAACGCAUCUACUCAGGCAUGACUCUUGCAGAGAGUGUAUGUUCAUCUGCAGGUCUUGGUGCUUACCCGGUGCAGGGUAGAAAUAGAACUGGCCAUGGUCCUACAGUUGGUUACUUGAAGCUUAAAAAAAUGUCGGACAAAGAAGCUCAGAUGGCAGAGUAUGACUUCAAAACCGUUGAAUCCAUGGAUGUCUGGGGUUGUGAGACAGUGGUCACACUAAGGGAAUCAAUGAAAGUGUGGAACAAGGCUGUGCAGUAUUGGGUUGCUAUGGUCGUAUACAAGAGAUUCCCUGUCAAUAAUUUGAAGAUGCACGCAGCUUUGUUUGUGUCCGUGAUAUGGCAUGGUUUCCACGCUGGGUAUUUCUUCUGCAUAUAUUUCUGUCCAUUCUACGUGAUGGCAGAGGACAUUUAUUACAAGCUCUAUUACAAGGAUGCUACUGGAAUGAAAAAGAAGAUUAUUGGCUUCAUAAUGUGGUUCCUUCGUUCACAUUCCGAAUCUUACCAAGCUGCUGCAUUUCUUCUUUUGACGUUUGAUCGUGUUUGGAUCUACUACAGUUCUGUGUAUCACUACUGGUAUGGCGUGUGGUUAUCUUUCUUAAUAUUGGGAUUGAUUUUAAACAAAGUCCGUGCAAUGUUGCAACCAAAACAACCGAGGGUCAGCAAAACAGACACCCUAAAGGAGUGAAGGAAAAAAUGUAAAAUGUUUAAUUUAUUGAUUUAAACAUUAUUUAAACUAUUGAAAUAGAGUUAGAUUCUAUUUUAAGGGGAUAAGGACUGAUAUCGUAAAGACAAAGUAAUUUUUUACGGGGAUCGAUUUUUCGGCAUUUAUGAUAUAUGUAUGGGUAUAUUUCAUAAGGCUUGAUAUACGAUCGACGUGAAGAGAGAUUAGCAUUUACUAUUUGUGUAUGAUCACGUCGAGCCUAAAUUGGUGUAUUAGAUACGUAGUAUUUAUUUGGUAUAGAGCUGUAGGCUAUGAUGUCAUAAAUGACAAAUCUGAUAUGGCUGCUAGAAGCUGUCAUAUAAUAGAAUUAACCAAUUUGUAGUCAGGUUUUAGUUGAGAUUAUUUAUUGAUUACAUAUAACGUAAAAUGUAGGUACUAUUUAUAUAAUUAAUCAUUUAUAUAACUCAAUGUUUACAUAUAAUGAAUAAAUGUAGUUUCAUUAUUUUAAUUUUUGACUGGCAAGUAUCUUUGCAUUU